AUGACUUACAUAUCCUUCUCUUUGUGUAGAAGCAAUUCAGAUGACAAUGGUGGUGGUGUAGACAACGGAUACCGUGGCGCUGGCAACAGUGGAGGCCAUGGUGGAGGUGGCGGUGGAUACCGUAAUGGAUGCGGUGCCGCGGUGGUGAUUGUGGAAGACGUGAGGGUCGAUACAACGGUGGUCGCUACUUGUUAUGAAUACGGUGAUGGUUGCUGUGGCGGUGGCGGUAGAGGCCGUGGUGGAGGAAGCGGUGGAUACAUACAGAAGCUUGACGGCCGUAUCAUUAGCGAGGUUCAGUUCCAUGGAAACAAUGGUGGUGGUGGUGGAGGUGGAGGCCAUGGUGGAGGAAACGAUGGAUACCGCAGUGGAGGCGGUGGUGGUUAUGGAAGCGAUGGUGGAAGACGUGAAUGUAGAUACAAUGGUGGUGGUUGGUGGAGGUGGUUGCCCCAUCCACAAAAUCUUGAACAUAAGACUUCGUCCACAAGAUCUUCAUCCACAACAUGGAGAUGGAAGCCGUGA